AUUGCCCUUAAACCCAUGAAGCAUUGAUUCCACUUCUUGUUCCUUAAACCCUACUAAAAACUUGUUCACGCUUCUCUGCCAGCAGACAUGGCAGUGGCACGCUUAAUUCGACCUCUGAGAAAAGCCCUAAUCAAUCCUCCCCAAACCCUAAUUUCUCUACAAAACCCCAUCUCUCAUCUUCUUUACAACAACAAAAUGGGAGAAGAAAUAAAUCCUUUUCUUAUCUCUCAAACCCAUAAUUCAAUAAGAAGAAAUUACAUGUCAGAAAAGCGUAAAUCUGCUUUCAAAGAUAACCUUCUCAGGCUCGUUCGUAAUGAAAUCCAGUAUGAGCUUGAUCGUUCCCCUCCUAAACAACCUCCUACCAAAUACGAGUCCUUCACGAUCGAUGACCUACCAGGGGAGCAAUGGAUUAGACUGAAAAGAAAGUUCAGGGAGAACGAAGAGAUUAAGGUCGAAGCAACCAUGUUUGAUGGAGCUGUUCCAAUUCCAAAAUCUGAUGUGCCUGGCAUAAAGGAAGACAUGCUGCUUCAUAUUACUUUGAUUAUUAAUAUCUCAAAGGGUGAUGGUGAUGUCUUAGAGAUUUUGUGUUCAGCUUGGCCAGAUAGCAUAGAAAUUACAAAGCUUUUCAUACGCAGGAGUAACAAGACCUCACAUCAAGUUUAUGAUGGUCCUGAAUUCAAGGAAUUGGAUGAUGAGUUGCAAGAUACACUUUAUGAAUUCUUGGAGGCAAGAGGUAUCAAUGAUGAAAUGGCAUUUUUCUUGCAUGAAUACAUAAGAAACAAAGGUAAAACUGAGUUCAUUAGGUGGAUGGGUACUGUCAAAUCUUACAUUGAGAGUAAGUAGGGAUUGUUUUUCGAAAAUGAUCUUGCCGAUAUUGAUUGUCUAUUCUUACAUGUAUCAGUUGAAGGACCUGUAAUGGAGUAUGUAAUUUACGGGUCCUGUCCAAGUAUGCAACAUUUAAAUAGCUUUGCGACAUGAGAGAGAAUUUUCUAAUAGUAUUUGAUUGAACUGGCACAAA